CCGUGUUGGAUGCGUUCGGCUCAUUGACCGGCGGACAGUCCUCAUCAGUACCAGCAGAGAUCCUGGAGCUUCCCACGAACCGGCCCUUCAUCCCCACAAAGCGAGCCGCAACCUCCAGCCUCCGUCCUGCCCGACAUGAAACAGACUCUGGCCGAACUGAUGAGGAUGAGCAGGAUAUGCCGGAUGGUAUUUGUCACUUGUUUGGGAUCCUUUAUUCUGGUCAUCUUUUAUUUCCAAAGUAUGUUCCAACCAGUCAUGCGGAGGAACCCCUUUGUGGUGGAUGGAUGCUGUAGGAAAGGGUCCCGCAACGCCCUGCAGGAGCUCUACAACCCCACACAGCCGGAGUUGUCAGGAGCUGCUGUCCUCCACCAGGCCAGGAGGGAUCAGGUAGUGGACGCCUGUCGAGUUUACAGUGCGUCCAGUCGUAAGCGGAGAGUCCUGACACCCGGAGACCUCAAACAUCUAGUGGUGGACGAGGACCACGAGCUUAUCUACUGCUACGUCCCCAAGGUGGCCUGUACCAACUGGAAGCGCGUUAUGAUGGUGCUCACAGGCCGGGGCAAAUAUAGUGACCCAAUGGAAAUCCCUUCCAAUGAAGCUCAUGUUCCUUCCAACCUGAAGACGCUGAAUCAGUACAGCAUUGCUGAGAUCAACCACCGCCUCAAGAACUACCUCAAGUUCCUCUUCGUUCGUGAGCCCUUUGAGAGACUGGUGUCUGCAUAUCGCAACAAGUUCACCCUCAAGUACAAUUCAUCUUUCCACAAGCGCUUUGGCACCCGCAUCGUCCGACGCUACCGCAAGAACGCCACGCAGGAAGCCCUGCUCAACGGUGCUGAUGUCAAAUUCAAAGAAUUUGCCGAGUACCUGGUGGAUCCGGCCACACAGCGCGACGGCCCUCUCAACGAGCAUUGGCAGACCGUCUACCAGCUCUGUCACCCCUGUCACAUCCACUACGACAUGGUGGGCAAGUACGAGACGCUGGAGGAGGAUGCAAACUACGUCUUGCGGCUGGUGGGUGUUGGCGAGUCUCUGCGCUUCCCGAGCUACGCCAAGUCCACCCGCACAACAGACGCCAUGACGGCUCAGUUCUUCAGCAAUAUCAGCACUCAGCAGCAGAUCCAGCUCUACCAGCUUUACAAGUUGGACUUCCUCAUGUUCAACUAUUCCAUACCCAGCUACCUGCGGCUGGACUAACGGAGGCCAGAGCUGGGACUCUGAGAGUGGCUACCUUGUUUAAAGAGAGGCAACAAUAAGAGCGAAGGGCAGAGUUUUUUUGGAAGCAAACUUGAUUUAUUAAACUGUCGUACCUUACAGGUCUGAAAUUGGUAUGUAAACAGGUGCUGAAAGGUUGAGGUGAUGCGUGCUUGUGUGGUGUCAGUCUGAGGAUGCCCAAUCAGCAGAUACAGAGGGCACUGAUUGGAUGAGAAUGUGGGCUGAAUGGACCAAACGCAUGCAAAGAGAGAAAUGUGUGGGUGAAGCAGGUCUUCAAGGUGUUUAAAAAGGGGAGCUUAUCCUCAGAGGACGGACUUGAAGAGGGAUUCUCCUGAUGAUGUUCCCUACGUGUUUAAACAAACUGCAGACAAAUUAGGCUGCUUCAGAUUCUGCAAAGCAAACAGCGGCCUCGCACGCGCCCUGACCCCAAUGCAUCGUGGGAGCUAAGCUUAUCUCCCCCUCCCCCUGAUCAAUAGAGAAACUCCGUCAAAUUGUAAAACACAGUUCAUGUCCUUCUGCGCUGUCAGUGCGGUGAGUUAGCGCCCAUUACCCUUGCCCUCAUUAGAUUCAUACAUUUCAGAGGGAAAUUGGCUCAUCACCGCCUCAAGGAUUCCCUGUAAUUGAUGGCUACUGAUUUCACUCUCAAGACCUCUACAGCUGUACCUGCUGGUGUAGCCUUCAGCCAAACGUUUGAACAAAACAAAUCGUCACUGCUUUCUGUCAAUACAGUGUUGGCAGAAGAGACUUCUUCCCUGAGGACUCGGUGAAAUCAGAGACUCCUGCUGCUGCAGUGAUGUAUGGAAGUGCUUAAUAAACCAUCGCCUGUAACACCCAACAUCCCUACCACUCUGAGCUACAGGACGAGGUUAGAAAGGUACGGGAGCGCUCCUGAGGACGGGCUCACCAGCUGUGAGCCACAAGUCUGCCGAAAGAAAAGAGGCACCUGUGUGGUUGUGAGGAUGGUUAAAGGCACUGGAUCUCAUAACCACCGAGUCCCACACAGGGGCUCCGUGGACACACCCAGGGCCACACCCACAAGGCCUGCUCCAACAACCAAACAUGUCUUUUAGUAAAUUAAGGUUAUCCUUUUGUCUUCAUGCUUAUGCUUAUUUUUAUUGUCUUAUGAAUCAUUGCUGCGAGCAGCAAUAACAAAAUACUAUUUAAUUUGCUUUGUUGGUUAAUCUAAGAGAGAAAGAUUUAAUGUUUGUUUUUCUGAGCUGAUGAACAUUUUAGGACAUUUUUAAACUUGGACUGUUGUUAAGAGUUUUGUUUCUUCAUGCUGGUUUCUUUUCUCACACUUUGCCUCUGAUACGUUAUCAGUGCAUCUCAGCGUUUCCAUUUCUGAAAGAUGUAUGGUACACUUCGACCCGUGGCUUUGUCCUUCUGUGCCUGACAUCAUCACAGAUUCAUGGGUUAGUUUGCAUUUACUGUUGUCAAAUAUUGCUGCCAAAAUGGCUGAGAGCUUCAGAGAGCCACAGUCAGUGUUCAGUGCACAUUACUGCCAUUAGGCAAAUUCAUGAGAAGAUCCCCCCUCAGCUUCCACCUCACACAUGCAACCACAACCUGAGAGCUGCUUCUCUCAGUGUACAUAUCAGCAACUGACUGCCUCAUCACAGAGUCAGACAUACUGUACUGGGAUUAAUGUUGGCAACGCUAAGCAAUGUCAAGGUUAAUAACUGCACUCCUCGUACACACACAGUAUAGUCGAAACCACUCCAGCUUCAGAGUAAGUAAAAGAGACAUUUCUUAGAAAAUCUGCAUCUCUUUGUUGCACAUGACUGAACUAGAAAUAUCUUCAGCAUUAGUGCGUAACUGUACCUCUCUCACUGUGUGUUAGACUGAGAGGAACAAAGCCCCAGUCUGAAAGGAAAACUGAAGUGCUUUAUUUCUGUAGCUCUGUUGGCAGUGAUAACAUUGAACUCACCAGACUCAGUGUAGAGAAUCUGGAUUGCCAAAUGGUAAAAUCCUGGAUCCCACAAGACCCAGACUCUGUGUGUGGCGAAUGGUUAGUGGUAAUUUGAUUAACUUUGCCUGGAGAUAUGGGAAUAUGCAUCACUAAAGAGCAAUACCAGCUGAGGUAAUUAGAAUGUAUGCACGGCACUAUCAAGCACAGUAUCAUCUGUAUCCUACUCAACCUGCCUCUUGCUCACUGUCAGCUGGAAUUAGCUCCAGCCCUCUGAAGGACUCUAAAAAUGAGAUGUAUAGGUAUAGCUAAUGAAUGAUUGGUUGGAUGGAUUGAUGAGGACUUUAAAGGUGGAGUAAGCAAGUUUAAUACACCUUAUGUCAAAUUCAGUGAAUAUCUCCUCGGAGUCCAUUUGUCCUGUGUGUGUGCUGGACAAAAUCAAGUGUUCGUUCACAGCCCUGGAUCUGUAAAUGAGAAACAAACUACAUUAUAGCAAUGUGCACAAGAUGGGGAAAGCAGCACCCCACCUCUAAGGUGUGUCUUGAUUUACUACCUGAUCUGAAAGCCCUGAUAAAGAUUUUCAGAAAAAGCACAGGAAACUCGACUCAGAAAAACAGAGGAGGGGUGAAAUGACAGGCAAUAUGCGGUACAGUUACAAUAUGAAGACCCACAAUUACAAUUUUCUGUCAUUUAAGUACACAGCUAAUAUUGUUAAGACAUACACUACCCUUCAAAAGUUUGGGGUCACUUAGAAAUGCCCUUAUUUUUGAAAGAAAAGCAUUUUUUUCAAUGAAGAUAGCAUUAAAUGGACGAUAAAUCCAGUGUAGACAUUGCUAAUGUGGUAAAUGACUAUUGUAGCUGGAAACAGCUGAUUUUUAAUAGAAUAUCUCCAUAGAGGUACAGAGGAACAUUUCCAGCAACCAUCACUCCUGUGUUCUAAUGCUACAUUGUGUUAGCUAAUGGUGUUGAAAGGCUAAUUGAUGAUUAGAAAACCCUUGUGCAGUUAUGUUAGCACAUGAAUAAAAGUGUGAGUUUUCAUGGAGAACAUGUAAUUGCCUGGGUGACCCCAAACUUUUGAACAGUAGUGUAAAUGUAAAGUGUAGUAAGUCAAAGAGCACAGAGUAUAAAAACGUCUCGGUUGAAGACUUUCUUUUUUCAGCUGAUACUGUGCUAAUGAUCUGCAUAUUCCUUUAUUCUUUUUUGUCUAAUCAAAUUACCACACAAUAAGCCUGUAUAGGUGCACUAUACAAAAUGCUUUAAAGGUAUUCCAUUCAGCUUUUUUUCGAAAAAUAGAUAGGCCAUUCUACAGAUUUAACACAUCAAGCUCACUUUCCUCAUCACAGUUAGUGUCACUCACAUUGUGAAGAGUUAUAUAGUUUUGUAUGUAGUCAUGGAAGGAGCUCUCCACUCCUGAAGAUGUUACUGGAAAGUCAUCAGCAUUAUCUGGUUCCAGUGAUGGUGUCAUGGUGAAUGACAUGCUGUGUUUACCAGACUAAAGCUAAAACAGUGCUAUAGGGUUGCAUUGGGGGAAGUAGGACUGCGUAGUGUCUGCAGUUGUUGACUUAGACUGCAGAUAAGGAUAUCUUAGCCUUGGCUACUUUCAGCGUGUUUAAAUGUCUCCCAGGUUUUGGAAGUGCAAUAUGAAAUCUCUGGAGUAUCACCUGUCAAGUCAGUUGUAAAUAAACUGUGCAACUUGAAAUGUUUCUAAUAGAUAGUUUACUUUGAUAUUUUAAGUCUGGACUGAUAUUUGGUUGGCUAGUGCUACAAUUCCAAGUUUGUUUUUCUCGUGGUGAUGCCUUGUCUGUAAAAUGAAGCUGGUGAGUGAAAUGUCAGCAAAACUAGAGGUCUAAUGACCUCAGAUUAUAAAUAGACGUAUAUAUUUCCUUCAGGGACAAAUUCUGGUGGGUGUUUUAGCUGCAAACCUCUUCUUAUAGCUUUUGAAGUAUUAUUUCUGUACAUAUGUGCACAUGCCUGUGUGUGGGGUUAUAAUGAGAGAACAGCCUUUUCCUUUUUUUUUUUUCUUUUUGCCCCCGCACAGACAUCUGGCUCUAAUAGAGGAGAAGCUACCAGCCUGGCCUGUAGCCCUGGCCCUGGUCCUCAUGCAGAAACAAUGGUUUUAUUCUCAGCACGGCCUCAAAAAUACACACACACAGAUGCAUAUUAGCACUCCUGCUGACGUUAAUGCCACGCAGCAUCUUACUCAGCAGUUGCAGGACGGGACACGGGCAGGAACACCUCUCCACUUUAGCACAGUGUCUGAGGCCGAGCUUAAACUGCUCAUUUAGCCUUCAGAAUGGAAGAGCAACGAUACACAAAGGACCUCUUAGCCUGCAAACAAGCCAUUACAGAGAUCUGUCCUCCUCGCACCAUUUUCUCCUCUCCCACCUCGCUCUUAAAGUGGCCUCCUGUAUUAAGAAAACAGAAGCAAGUCAAAGUCGAUGAUCCCUUCUGUCCCUGCAGGGAAAGGGCAGGCAGCUCAAACAAACAGAGCUGCUAAAAAAAUGUCCACAGGGAAUCAGACAAGCAGUGAGAGGCCUCAGCGAACUCUGCCCAGGAUAAAACCCAGCAGCCUCAUUUGGAGUGUUUUUGUCCCUAUUCUUAACUCCACAGUCUGCAGGAGAUGUGUUCACUGGCCAGCCGUCUCACUGUGUAGGAGGCUUUAUAUUCAAGUAUAUUCAAGAUGGGUAUGUUUACGCUGUUUUUGAACGACGUCUACUAUUAGACUGAACUACAUAUUUGCUUUGUUUUGCUGAAAGGAACACAGGAAGUCUUCUAAACAUAUCUUACGAUGUUUUCCCCUCAAGGAGGAUUGGAUGAUGUAAUAUGUGUUUAUUUUGUUACUGAUGCACAGAUGAAUACAUUUUGUAAAUACAGUAAAGAAUAAUGUCACAGGCAGGGAAACCAUUUAAAAUGAUGGUUAGAUAUUCACAGUGUUUGGCUUCCUGCUGAGAAAUAGAUUAGAAGAUUGAUUCUACUCAUCUGUUUCCGUCUUUAGUCCGCCAAGGAAUGCGGCGGAGUUAUGUGACUAUCGGCUUUGGUUUGUCUGUUUGUCUGUCUGUUCGCAACAUUACUCUAAAAGGGACUAAUGGAUUUGGAUGACAUUUUCAAGGAAGGUCAGAAAUGACACAAGGACCAAGUGAUUAGAUUUUGGCAGUGAUGCAGCUAUGACUGAGCAGCCUUGGUGGAGUACUGCAUUCUCUGAGAGCUUUUCUUGUUUAUAUGUGGAGCUACAGCUAUUAGCCAGUUAGCUUAGCUUAGCAUAAAGACAGGAACCAGGAUCAAAUGAAGACGCCAGAUGCUGGAUAAAUUGAAAAUUCAGAACAGCAAAGUGACAAAAUACCAGAAAAGCAAAAUGACAGACAAGAUCAAAUGUGUCAGAAUGUAGAAAUACCAGACUAGAAAGGUAGGUUUUUGGUUUGGUUUUAAAAAUAUGAACACUCUCAGCUGCCCUCAGGUGUUCAGGAAAUCUGUUCCAGAGAUGUGACCCACAUUAACAAAAAGAUGCCUGGUUGUGGGUUUUUGUUUUGUAUUUAGAUAUAAUUAAAAGGUCACUACUAAAGACCUGAGGGUUUUACAAGGUUCAUAGAAUUAAAGUAAAUUCAGUGAAUACGUAGAGCCAAGACCAUUAAGAGCUUUGGAAGCCAAUAAAAGGAUUUUAAAAUCAAUUUUAAAGCAGACCAACAGCCAAUGCAGAGACUAAAAUUAGUGUAUUGUGUUUUCUACUUCUGGCCUUAGUCAACAUAUAUGCAGCUGAGUGCAGCUACUCAUAGAAGUGGACUUCUCUCCUAACCCUAAUGAACAGCCUUGGUGGAGUACUGCACUCUUGGAGUGCUUUUCUUGUUAACAAGAGUGAUACAAGUUUGGUAUCAAUCUUCUUAUCUAACUCUCAGCAAGACAGCAAAGAAAUGUAUUCCUUAAAUGUAAAUCUACGUCUUUAUAUCAGACGAAUUCUACAGAAAAUGCUUUCUAUAGCUCCAGGGGUUUUUAUUUUUGUUCAAUUUCAGCAUCAGCCACACAAUAUUCAAAAUCACAUUUGAAAUCUUAUCACAUUUCAUAUCAUCAGCACAGAGGGACAAAGCCAGGACCAUUUUCUUUAUACUCCUUCUCUGCCUGUUACAUGUCGGACGUAUCUACAGUCACAAGUGCAGGAUGUUUUUGUACAGUGUAGACAUGAUGUCAUUCAUUCCGUUGUUGUUCUUUGAGCUGUAUGUUUGGAUGUGAUAUCGAUUCGUUACUUUUGUUGUCUUCACACACACACAGACUCACACUGCCAUUGUGUGGCACUCUUGUUUCUCUGUGCCUGUCACUCUCAGCAGCACAGAGACACUGGAAAGACUCAGAGCAGCUUCUCCAUGUGGUCACCUCAGGCGUCAGGACGGCGACUCACGACUCAGACGCAAUCAGAAAACGAUUGGAACCACUCAGACCUGAAACCCAUUCUACACAUUUAUUGUUUCAUACGGAGGAAACAAUUACAAAAUUGAUUUUCUUUCAUUUAAUCUCUCAUUUAGAAAUGCUAAAUUACCAUAGUACAUUAAUGAGUUUGCUAGUUUCUGCUCACAGAUACGGAAGUUAAAUUAGUGGGCCCGGUUGAUAAUUAGCCAGAUUUGUUCAUAGCACAAAAGAGAUUGAAAAAAGGUUUAAUUUUCACAGCCUUUAUUCCAGCUGAAAAUUCGUAUUUUCUGUUAUUUGGUUUGCUAUCUUUGUCCCCUUGACAAACUUUCGACAGUACGGAGCUCAUGUAAAAGCAGCCACUUUGCAACGGUAACACCCAGAAGGCCGUGUGUUUUACUUGAAGAGAACUCUAUUCACACCCCUAAAAUUCAGUUUUCACAUGACAGAGCCCCACAGUAUUGAAACACUCAUGUAUCCACACACAGUUCAGUUUCUGCAGCCAGACGUUUAACGAGCUGAGAAAAGCUCCGACUCCCUGCUGUCUCCUGGGCCCUCAGGUCAUGUUCACGCUAAUGUGGCUGAAUGUUCUCGAACACGGAUAAGAACAGUCCCAUGUUUGAGGGGAGAAUGCUUUAGUGUAAUUGUCAUGUGACCCACCUUUGACAGCCUUGACUCGCACUUCUCUUCACACAUGCUCCGUACACCACAGAAAAAAACGUUUCAAAAACUGUCAAAAGUGUCAUUGUGCAGAUAAAAAAUGGGCUUACUUUUAGAGGAAAUUUCAGCUGAUUAAAACAUGGAUCAGAGCUUAAACUUGCAGCGACCAAAUACAAAACAAUGCCACAAUCGAGUCAUGGGGAGGAUACAUAAGCAGGCACAGGAAUUAAAAGAUUGUAAACAGUUUAUCCAGCUUAUGUAAACCACUUUAUGUAAAGAUAAAGUACAAGUGACUCAGCUGUAUACUAAUAAUAAAAUCCCUUGUUGCUCUGAAAAACUGUCCAUAAAUACAGCAAAUGAAAAUCUACCAUCUGAAUUACUGCCCACUUUUCAUAUUCAGUUCAUAAAACAGUCCUGUUGUUGUGCCUAAUGAGGGCUAUUUGGUAUUGAUAGAAACAGCUGAUCAAUCAAAACAAUAGUCUGUAUGUAAAAGAUGGAUGUAGCCCUCGGGUGUCAAAAUUGAAAACAAUGUGCAAGUGCCUUAAAGCUGCAUUCUUUCUAACAGCCAGCAGGGGGCGACUCCUCUGGUUAUGUGAAGAAGUCUGAUUAUAUUGAAGUCUAUGAGAAAAUUUGUUAAUUCUCUUAUGAUUUGUGGCCUCAGUAAACAUUUUACUAACAAGUUUAUGGUCUUAGUCACUAGUUUCAGGCCUCCCUCAACACAGCAUGGUAUAAUUAUUGUUAUUGUACGGUGUACAAUGAAAUAAAGCCCUAAUCCUUUGAAAAUAGAACAUAUAAAAAUGUAAUAGUAUGUACAAGUGUGGUCCAUGAAAACGGAGAUGAAGCUUAUUGUUGUCCGGAUCAGCGUGAUGUUCAUUUUGUAAAUUAUGGUCCCAUUUAGAGUAAAAUAGACAAUAAAACAGGAUCUGUUGUCCAGAGGCGCUGCUUUCUGACUGACAGGCCACUACUUUAUCAUCAUGCAUCAUGUCCUCAUCAGUUGUUUCUCAGCUGGAGUUUAGGCACCAAAACCACUUGGUUAUGUUUUGGACAAGAUCUUGGCUUCAGUUAAAAUACAACCUGUCACUACAUUUACCACAUUACGAAGCUCUAUUUUGAUAUUAUUGGUGUUAUACUCUGUUUAUCAAUGAUCAGAGCAGGUGAUGGGGAGUCUACUGAGCCUACUAGAAGGUAGAGGAGGUCCCUUAUGUAUGGGAAUGCUGUGCAUUGAUAUUGGGAAAUUAAAUGGGCUAAUAACAGCAAAGUCAGGUCCUAAAAGUGAAACUUCUUGUGCUGUUGUCCUGACGUCACAAUGCUCCAAAAGCUCAGCAGGUAACUUGGAGAAAAUAAUAUUUUUAUCACCAAUAGAUAAUUACAGCCAAGUAUACAAGGCUGAGGCCCACCUUCUAAUGAACUGAACUAAAAGCUGCUACAGUUACAUGAUCUCUACCAGGAAACUUUCUGCUGUCUUUGAAAAGGUCUUAGUUGCACAGUGUACAGAGUAGGAUGUGCCCCGUGGGACACACUUAACUGACUUUCUAAGUGUGGGCGGAAGGCUUCUUCCAUGUGAACAGAGCUUUCAGAUUUGUCCACAUUCCGGUGGCCAUGGCCUCAGCUGUCCUGCCAGGUCUCCAGUGUCUCUGUGUUGUCCUGACAUCAUGUACGUCCUGCUGCAGGGGUCACACACCUCCUUAGGUUCCAGCUGCCUCCUGUGCUGUCACACGGCUGCUGUCAUCUGUAAAGUAAUGUGUGUGUGUGUGUGUGUGUGUGUGUGUGACCUCUGAAGGAACAAGUCCGAAAUCAGCUGCAUCUUGUACUCGAUUUAUACCGUGUCAUCAGCAUUUCUCACCAUGCAUGUCAAAUGCUCUUGUGCUGUAUCUACAUACAAGUGAGGUGGUUGGAUGGUGGUUGUGUGUAGGUGGUGUGUGUGUGUGUGCGUCUGUGUGUGUGUGUGUGUUAACACUGUGCUGUACCCGCUCUGCCUUAGAGGGAAGGUCUCCAAGGAAGGCGAGACACUCAUUCUAACGUGCGCCAUUUAUUUAUUUAUUUAUUCUCCGACAAACUACCCAUUCUGCUUCCUCGCUAUCACCAUGGAAACACACCUAAACUCUCUGUAUCUCGCUUUUCCUCCCGGGACAGCCUCUCGCUGUUCUGUUUUACUCCGUUGGUUUUCAGGCGUACUUACCGAAACCAUGAAUAAUUGACUGUGUACUGAACACUGAGUGUGGGAGAGUGGAGGAUCCUCCAGCAGCGCGACCCGCGGUUCAUUCUGUCUGAUGUUUUCACAAUAAAAUAACACUGAAACUCA